AUGGAGGGGGCGCACGCGACAGUCCUGGAUGCAAUAAUGAACCGGCUAUCCUCUUUCCUGCGGCCCGCAGCCCGCAAAGCGCCUCGGUACUCUGUUCGGCCCUUCUACACCACAAUAUUGGUGUUUACGGCCCUUGCAACACUCAGUCUGCUCAUAUCAUGGUCUGAAAAGGACACGGCGCAUCUUCGCACGGCAGCGGACCCGCUGCUUGUGAAGCGAGAAGGCGAACCAGAGUGUCGUCUUGUCCGUGAAGUCGAAGACCAAUGUGGAUACGUCCGUGACAAUUGCCCGGACCACCAAGAUGGUCUGUUCUCUUACCUACAGCUUUACUACUGCGCCCUGCCCGACGCGAAGCCGCUUGCGUUCAUAGUCUUGAUACUCUGGCUGUCACUUCUGUUCAGCACGAUCGGAAUAGCAGCCAGUGACUUUUUGUGUAUUGAUCUUAGUACUCUGGCGAGCGUUCUAGGCCUGAGCGAAAGUCUGACGGGCGUGACGUUUCUCGCGUUUGGCAAUGGAAGUCCCGAUGUCUUCUCGACAUUUGCUGCGAUGCGGUCCAAUAGUGGCAGCCUAGCCAUUGGCGAAUUGAUCGGAGCGGCCAGUUUCAUCACAUCCGUCGUGGCCGGCUCAAUGGCGCUAGUCCGGCCGUUCAAGGUUGCGCGGAGGAGCUUUGUCCGAGAUGUCGGGUACUUCGUGGUCGCUGUCAGCUUCAGCAUGUUCUUGCUGGCCGACGGCCGGCUUCACCUGUGGGAAUCAGCGACGAUGGUGGCUCUCUAUCUGUUCUAUGUUAUAAUGGUUGUGACAUGGCACUGGUACCUCGUCCGGCGCCGGAGAAGACACGAAAGAGAUAUGGCAGCACGAACGCAUUUCCACAUCCCAGAAAACCAGGAACUGGAUUACGAACAACCAAUGGACGACGAUGACCCCGGUGUUGCGGAAUCGCACGAGUCGCGAAGUCUCCGCGGCGCGUCCACUGAAGAUUUUGAUCUUCUGGAGCGCGCCGAGCGAACCCCGAGCUGGAAGGAAGAGGAGGACGAAGAUGAUGAAACGAGAAACCAGUAUCUUGCCGAAAUUCGGGACAAUAUGCACGUCUAUCGACCACCUAAUCCAUCACGGCGGAACACUAUGAAUCCUAUCCGGCCGAGUCUGGUCGGUGCACUGGAAUUCCAAUCUGUACUUCACUCGCUCCAGAAGUCCAGAAAUAUCAGGUACACACCCGCAAUUAGCCUGAGUGGUUAUUCGGAUGAUGGUGAUGCUUCUCAACCUUGGGACACUCGGUCAGUUGCAUCUCAUCCUCGUGCCACCAGGCCCUCUGGAACCAACGACCGUCUUUCCCCGAAUAGCGCGGAAAGAUCCCGAGCGCGAGCUGUUUCGGCCAGUGGUGCCGAGGGCUUGAGAUUGGAUCCCAGUGUGCUCGAUCGUCGCCAAGAUGAAGCACCGCAGCUUACUGUCAGGCGGCCUUCUGAUGAGGUCGCCAAUAGACAAUCAUUGCAGCCUCCGCGAAUAGAUACCAGCGUGGCACUGGCUGUCUCCCCGGCAGAGUCUGUCCAGGCGUCACUAAACAUGAGCCCUGUAGCAGCUGCAGCUCCUCACACACCGGACCUGUUGGCUCCUCCAGGUGCAUUCAAUUCCCCCAACUACCAAACGAGUGCCACCCAUGAGCGAUCGCCGCCAGCAGUCUCACCAAGAGGCACCGGUGUCAGCUAUACCUCUAUCCCUGCCCUUGCGCCGGAAAGCCCUGCGGCUCCUUUUCCUACAUACGUUGAUGAGUCCUCUGCUCCAUCUUCUCGUGCGCCCAGCAUUCGUUUGCCGAACCCUGUAGCCAGCCCCUCGGAACAGUUGCUGGUCCAUGAUGAUAUGGAUGAUAUAGCCACCGAGAGUUCUUCAUUCCGAAUGACAUUGAAGAAAUUGUGGCCUAGCUCUGUCCUUCCUCCCCCGCAGCAGAUCGGCUGCACGCUUUUCCCAACCCUGGUUGGCUGGAAAGGCAAAAGCUUCAUGGAACGCUUUCUGGGAAUUGUGGCCGCGCCUAGUAUAUUCCUCCUUACCAUCACUGUGCCGGUUGUUGAACCCCAGGCUCCUGAGAUUGUCGAACCAGAUCCUGUCCCAGCAGUGGUCAUCGAACAGAUUGAUGGCGAUGGGCCCUCUCCCCGGGCGAGACUGCCAUCUGAUAGCCCGGUUAUGCACCCAAUCGGGCAUGGCCGGAAUAGUUCUAUCCCUGAUAUCUCCAGGCCACAUCCUCAUCGGCGCAAGUCCACGCUUCAAAAUUCGUACAGUCGGCCUCGUUGGGACUCAGAAUUGCCAGCUGCACCGCCACCUCCCGAAAACGAGCCUGUUGCACCCGUUAAAGAUUGGAACCGCUGGCUGGUAUCAAUUCAACUGUUCACGGGACCUCUAUUUUUUACCCUCAUUGCAUGGACUGCCGCAGACACGACUCUCGAUCCGCGGAACUUCAUUCUCCCAUGCCUCAUUUCCCUCCUCUUCUCAUUCCUCUGCCUCGCGGCCCUCACCAUCACAACACGCAGCCGCCCAUGGCACAGACAGGGGAUAACCGACCAGUCAUCCGAGAACAACUUCUCCGACCUCCCUCGAGUCAAAUCUCUCCCAUCUUCAUGGCGCCCAGUCCUCUCCCUCCUCGGCUUUUUCGUCGCCAUAUCAUGGAUCGCAACCAUCGCCACGGAGGUCGUCUCCCUCCUCAAAACCAUUGGCGUUAUCCUUGAUAUCUCCGACUCGCUUCUAGGCCUAACUGUCUUCGCCGUCGGAAAUUCACUCGGCGAUCUUGUCGCCGACAUCACCGUCGCCCGACUCGGAUACCCAGUCAUGGCACUGAGCGCCUGCUUCGGCGGGCCCAUGCUCAACAUUCUACUCGGUAUUGGUCUAGGCGGUCUCUACAUGACCAUGAACAGAACAAAGCCAUCCCGUCGUGACGAGAUCUUCGCGGGGGGCGUGACUCCUGCGGAAACACCAUACGAGAUUGAGGUCUCAAAGGUUCUUAUUAUCAGUGGCGCUACCCUCUUGGUUGUUCUGGUCGGCCUUCUCAUCGUUGUUCCGCUGAAUAACUGGCGGAUGGAUCGGAGGAUUGGGUGGGGGCUUGUUGUUGUUUGGUGCAUUAGUACCAUUGGAAAUAUCAUUGCUGAGGUUACAUAA